GUCGCGCCUUUAAGGCGUCCGCAGAGCCGGGCGGGGGAGCGGAGAGCAGCGCGAGCACCAGCGCGGCGGCCGGACGGAGCUGCGGACUGUGCGGGAGUCGGGCUCGUGCGGCGGGACGCAGGCGGCGGAGGUGAGGUGAGAAUCUCAUUUUCAUCUUCUACCAGAGCCAGCAGCCGUUGGGAAAGAAGACUGUGCUCCUUGAACAAGAUAAAGGCCUGGAAUGCACAGCCUGGAUAUUAACAGGAGGAGGCCGGAGCAGGCUCCAGCCUGGGAUGUGAGCAUGUGUUACUCUCCCGGGUGCCAUGAUGGCCAGCUGGUUUUCCUGACAUCAGCUGGCUUUACCGAGUGCUGCCUUGUCUUUAACAUUGAAGUGCCUCACUUCACACAGCAGAUAUGCAAACCCCGCAGGCACCAGCCGGCCUUGAAGAGCAGGAUGGACCUUGACGUGGUCAACAUGUUUGUGAUCGCGGGCGGGACGCUGGCCAUCCCCAUCCUGGCAUUUGUGGCCUCCUUUCUUCUGUGGCCUUCGGCGCUGAUAAGAAUCUAUUACUGGUACUGGCGGCGGGCCUUGGGCAUGCAGGUCCGCUAUGUUCAGCAUGAAGACUAUCAGUUCUGUUACUCCUUCCGCGGCAGGCCUGGGCACAGACCGUCCGUCCUCCUGCUCCACGGCUUCUCCGCCCACAAGGACAUGUGGCUCAGCUUGGUCAAGUUCCUUCCAAAGAACCUGCAUUUGAUCUGCGUGGACAUGCCAGGACAUGAGGGUACCACCCGCUCUCCCCUGGAUGACCUGUCCAUAGACGGGCAAGUCAAGAGGAUACACCAGUUUGUGGAAUGCCUCAAGCUGAACAAAAAACCGUUCCACCUGAUGGGCACCUCCAUGGGCGGCAAUGUGGCCGGCGUGUACGCUGCUUACUACCCGUCGGAUAUCGGCAGCCUGACCCUCGUGUGCCCCGCUGGCCUGCAAUACCCAACUGAUAAUCAGUUCGUACGACGGCUCAGAGAACUGCAGGAAUCGGCCGCCGUAGAGAAGAUCCCGCUGAUCCCGUCCACCCCGGAGGAGAUGAGCGAGAUGCUGCAGCUCUGCUCCUACGUCCGCUUCAAGGUGCCCCAGCAGAUCCUGCAAGGCCUUGUCGACGUCCGCAUCCCUCAUAACAACUUCUACCGGAAGCUGUUUUUGGAAAUCAUCAAUGAGAAGUCGAGAUACUCCCUCCACCAGAACAUGGACAAGAUCAAGGCCCCCACGCAGAUCAUCUGGGGGAAACAAGACCAGGUGAUCGACGUGUCCGGGGCAGACAUGCUGGCCAAGUCUAUCCCCAACUGCCAGGUGGAACUUCUGGAAAACUGUGGGCACUCUGUGGUGAUGGAGAGACCUAGGAAGACAGCCAAGCUCCUCGUCGACUUUUUAGCUUCUGUGCACAGUACAGACAACAACAAGAAGCUGGACUGAGGCCCCGAGCGCAGCCUGCCAUCCGCACGCCGCAUCCGCUCCCGUCUCCAGAUCUGACGCAGCCACCACUUCUCAGGGAUCCUGCCCCAAACGCGGCCAGAGCGCCAGCAGCCCUGAGGAAGCCAGUGCCCUGCCCCGGUCAGACCCACAGAGCUCUGGGGGCUACGAAGAAAUCUCCAAGAUGUUUUUUCACUAAAUAGAAACUCACAUGGAACAAAAUCAGAAAACCCAGCCUGGAAACCUACGGAGAAGUCUUUAGGUUCAUUCGCAAAGCGGUCCCCUUGAGCCACAAUCACUGAGGACAUCAUUUUCUUUGAAACACGUUUUACAGGCUGAGACUUGAGGUAUUGCUGUUGCUUCAGGCGUUCUCCCCUGCAUGGUCAGCGGCUGUGUUAGGAGCAUUAGUCCCCAUUCGCCGAGCCCUUCUUGUUAAUGUCUUAAGUUUUACAGAGAGGCCCCUAGGUGAGUGCAGUCCGUCAGCUGCAAGACCCGGCUGGGAAGGGGCAGCUGCAGGUGUUUGCACCUGCAGGGGGACAUGGUUCCGCCUCGGCCAGCCCUCGGAGCCGCAGAGAACACACCUCUCCCGUGGGGGUUCCAUCCGCCCCACGUGUCAGCUGUGCCACAAGGGAACUCAGUCACAGUGUGAAGCACACCUGGCAGGGUGGGUUUCCGGGAAUAAUUUAUUUUAAAAAAUAGGUCUAAUGGUCUGGCCCAUGUGGCUCAAUGGUUGAGCGUUGACCUAUGAACCAGAAGGUCACAGUUCAGUUUCCCAUCAAGGCACAUGCCCCAUCAGUGAUUCUCAUCAUUGAUGUUUCUAUCUCUCUCUCCCUCUCCCUUCCUCUCUCGGAAAUCAAUAAUUUUUUAAAAAGAAAGUCUUUUUUAAAAAUAGGACUAAUGAAGCAAUAAUGUUGUAGACAUCUACCUAAAUAGCCAGACUCGGGUCCUAAAUGAUCAGACACAAGCACCUCAUGGGGCUGUCCUAUGUGGGGGUGCUACGAGAACCCUUGGAUGUAAACACCAGUGAGCUGAUGAAUUCUGUGAAUUCUGUGAACAGUCAUGUGCUCGAGAAUCAGUCUCAACAGCUGUAAAUGAUCACAGUGAUAUGAAAUAAACGUAAUAAGUCUAGAUCAACAGCA